AAGAAAAACCCAAAUUUAUUUCCAACAAAAUGAGACCUUUUCAGAAUUUGGUUUUGGUCACUGCUAUUUCUGUGUUUCUCGGUAUUGCUUCAGCUUGCACUAAUGGACAGUGCAAGUUGCUUGAUGAAUGUUCUUCGGAUGGAGAUUGUGAGGCUGGACUGUAUUGUUUCGCUUGCUCACAAGGAUUUUCAGGUUCCAGAUGUGUACGAUCAACCAUUACAAACCAAUUCCAGCUUCUGAAUAACUCUCUUCCUUUCAACAAAUACGCAUUCUUGACAACCCACAAUGCAUAUGCCAUCGAUGGAUACCCUUUGCAUACCCCAAUUCCUCGUGUUACCUUUACCAAUCAAGAAGACAUGAUUACUGCUCAGCUCAACGUAUUUGCAGAAUGGAGCAGAGGAUUGAUGCUCGACACUUAUGAUUUCGAUGGAGAUGUGUGGAUGUGCCAUUCAUUUGGAGGACAAUGUCAUGACAUUACUGCAUUUGGACCAGCUAUAGAUUAUUUGAAGGAAAUCGAAACAUUCUUAUCUGCAAACCUAAGAGAGAUUGUCACAUUAAUCUUGGAAGAUUAUGUUGGUCCAAAUGGGCUAACCAAGGUGUUUACCGAUGCCGGGUUGAUGAAAUACUGGUUUCCAGUGUCGAAAAUGCCCCAAAAUGGUGGAGACUGGCCUCUGGUAAGUGACAUGGUGGCUAAUAACCAAAGACUACUCGUUUUCACCUCAGUCAAGUCCAAAGAAGCAAGUGAAGGAAUAGCUUACCAGUGGAACUACAUGGUCGAAAAUCAAUAUGGUGAUGGUGGAAUGGAAGCAGGGAAUUGUCCAAACAGGGGAGAGUCGUCAAGUCUAAAUGACAAGACAAAGUCUUUGGUGUUGGUAAAUUACUUUCCUUCAGAGUCAAACAAGGGGGAGGCAUGUGAGGACAACUCGGGAGAUCUGAUUAACAUGCUCCAUACUUGCUAUGCUGCUGCUGGUAACCGGUGGGCUAACUUUGUUGCUGUUGAUUAUUACAAGAGGAGUGAAGGAGGAGGAUCAUUUCAAGCUGUGGACACUUUGAAUGGGAAGUUGUUAUGUGGAUGUGAUGAUAUCCAUGCAUGUGUGCCUGGAUCAACAUCAGGGGCCUGCACACCAUAAGAUAAAUUCCAGGCAUAGGAUGUGGUGAAGACUUGGACUACAUCAACAUUUUAUGAUGCAAUGAAUUCCCUGUUGUUGUAAGAAUAUUUGUUGUAUACAAAUACAAGCAUAUCAUAUCAUAAU